AUGAACAAUCCCAAGUUUAACGACCUCCUCAAAUGGGGCAUCGAAAAUUCCGAAGCGUCCCGGAACGACCCCAAUGCGCCCAAGGACCCAAACACGCAGCUCGACCCGCAGACGCUGCAGGAGAUAUUGAGCGGCAUAUCAGCACCUUCGGAUGCCGAGAUGAUGAGACGCAAGAUGGAGGUCAUCACACAGCCGGACUACACGCUUGAGCAGAAAGUCGAUGCUUUCGAGGAUUUCGAGAUGUUGGUGCAGGGCAUCGACAAUGCGAACAACCUAGAGAGCUUAAAACUUUGGACCCCACUCAUAGAGCAGCUCGAGCAUGAGGAGGCCGAUCUCAGGAAAUAUGCGGCAUGGUGUGCAGGCACAGCGGUGGAGAACAAUGUCAAGGCCCAGGAGCGGUUACUCGUGCUUGGUGCUCUACCUACCCUCGUCAAGCUCGCGACAGAAGACGAUAAUGAGGCGGUGCGCAAGAAGGCUGUCCGGGCUCUCUCAUGCGCAACUCGCAACUACCAGCCAGGCCUAGACGCUGUGGUUGACAGUGUACCCUCUACAUUCAAGCCAGAGAAGAAGCUGGAUGCAGCAGAUAUGGCUUCGGUCGACACUCUGAUCGAUCAGUUGAGGACGGAUGCCACGCGCGCUCGUUAA